GCUUGUACGCAGCACCAGCACCAGUGGGCGUUUGUUGUACAGUCCUAUCAUAAGAGCUGCAGUGGGUCAUAUGACAGGCAUUAUCUUUACAUGACUGAACGAAAUUUUAAGCUUCGUUUGAGCAGGAAUUCUUUCAAUCGCCCUCCCAGACCCAACAGACCAACCGCCAGGAGACCCAACUAAGCGGGAAAAAGAAAUCUUCCAGAAUGAGCAUCUCCAAAAGUCACUGUGAGGGAAAAGAUAACCCACUGUUGCAGUAUGUCCUCAAUCAUUCCAUGAGGGAGCAUCCGGCCCUGAAAGAACUCAGACUGAGGACAAUGGAACACUCCUGGAACAUCAUGAUGGUCGCCUGUGAGCAGUCGCAGUUCAUGGCCAAUAUGGCAAAACUAAUAGGAGCCAAGAAGGCAUUAGAGAUCGGCGUCUACACAGGUUACAACACUCUGAGCAUUGCACUGGCUCUGCCUGAUGAUGGUGUCGUGGUGGCAUGUGAUAUCAGAGAGGACUACCCCAACAUCGGCAAACCCUUCUGGAAAGAGGCUGGAGUUGAGAAAAAAAUUGAUCUACGCAUACAGCCAGCAUUGAAAACUCUGGAUGAUCUCCUGGCUGCUGGCGAAGCUGGAACAUUUGACUUUGCCUUCAUCGAUGCAGACAAAGUCAACUACGACAACUACUUUGAAAAGUCUCUGCAGCUGUUAAGGAAAGGAGGCAUUAUUGCUAUUGACAAUGUGCUGUGGGGUGGUAAGGUGGUGAAUCCUUCCCCAGACGACGCAGACACUGUGGCCAUUGACAAGCUGAACAAGAAGUUGCACAGAGACAUUCGGAUCAGCCUGAGCAUGCUAACUGUUGGAGAUGGGUUGACACUGGCUAUCAAACUAUAGAAAAGGUGUCUAAUGAGUGCAAUGAUUUAUGGUGCUUAAGAGGGUGGUGGCAAUACUGGGACACUGUUACCUUAAGGUUAAUUAUAAUGUGGAGGAUGUGAUGGUAGCUUAAGCAUAUGUAUUAGGUUCUAGGCUCAUAUCACUGAAGGUUAAUGUGGGAAUUAUGGAACACCUUAUUUUUAUGUCAUUUCUAUAAUGGUAGUUCAUUCCCUGUAACAAGACUAAUUGCAACAUUUGAAUAAAACUUGAUUAAAAAAACUAAAAACUAUUAAAAUAAAACUAAACCCA